AAGCCCAUAAACUCUCUCUUCAUCUCGGCCUUCUCCAACUUAUUCACCAAUUAGUGAUGGAGGGCUUUCAUUUUACUUGGAAAUGGCUGUUGUUAACGCUGCUGCUAACGUCACCGACGGUGAGCUUUGUAGGUGGAGAUGAUGAGAAAGACAAGGAGGAAUGCACACAGCAAUUGGCUGGGAUGGCCACGUGUCUGCCGUACGUGAGCGGUGGUGCAAAGGCUCCGACGCCUGACUGUUGCAGUGGACUGAAGGAAGUGCUUAAGAACAACAAGAAGUGCUUAUGCGUUAUAAUUAAAGACCGAAAUGACCCUGACUUGGGGCUUCAGAUAAAUGUCACACUGGCCUUGGGCCUCCCUGAUAUUUGUCAUGCCACUGCCAAUGUCUCUAAUUGUCCAGCUCUUUUAAACUUGCCACCCAAUUCAGCUGAGGCUCAAGUUUUCUAUCAACUGGGCAAGGGAAAUAGCUCCUCCUCUGCUGUAGCACCUGCUCCCAUAAGCCCUUCUCCUACCAUUAACUCAACAGUUGGAGGGGGAAGUAGAAUUGGGCCAGACAAGGGUGGAGCUUACAACAUAGGAAAGAAAUGGCUGCCAUUGGAGACUUUGGCUGUUGGAGCUCUAUUGCUUUUGUUUUGGUUGGAUUCAUAUCAUGUGUAGAAAGGCAGACAAUUUGAGCAUAUUCAUGGUUUUAUUAUAUCCAUCACAUAUAUAAAUUGAUGUUCUUGGUUUAACAUGAUCAGUAUUGGUAUGUUAUUGAUAUAAAAUGUCGAGUUUGUUUGAUUGCUCA